GCAACCGGAGCUAACAGCUACCAGCAGGAUGGAUCUGUUUGACGACCUACCGGAGCCCACCCAGCCUCCCGUUGCAGCUCAACAAAAGUCCACCAGAAAAAAAGAAGAGGAAGAAAAAGACGAGGAGGAGGAGGAGGAGAAGAAGAGUCUAAAACGAAAACGAGAAGACGCAGAGUGCUACGCCGAUAGAAGAGAAGAAGAAAAAGAGGAAGAGGAGGAAAAGGAGGAGAUCAAGAAAGUUUGUAGAGAAGGUCUACCCGUGCUGAGAGGCUACGUGGCGGCGAGACGAGGCGAGCGAGAGGAAAUGCAGGAUGCUCACAUAACGCUUCCAGACAUGAGCAGCUGCAUGUCGGCUCUGCCCGGCCAAGUGUCUUGCGUCUCGUACUUCGCGGUGUUCGACGGUCACGGCGGAGCACGAGCGUCUCGAUUCGCUGCCGAGCAUCUGCAUCACAACCUGGGCAAGAAGUUUCCCAGCGGUGAAACUGAGAAUCUGGACAAGCUGAUUAAAAAAUGUCUCCUGGACACUUUCCGACAGACAGAUGAAGACUUUCUGAAGAAAGCUUCCAGCCAGAAACCAGUUUGGAAAGACGGCUCCACAGCGACUUCUUGGUGCAGGAGGCUGUAG